AUGUGCUCGACUUUCCGCCUCGAGGCUUCCUCCCAGAUGAUACUCGUGCAAACGAAAAGUACGGGUUUCAGCAAGCUAAGAAGAUGGCUCCAGAAUCGGCCUUUGGCAGGAGACAGUCUAAUUGCUUCUUACCACAACUCCGUCGGUACUUCCAAGCUCAAAAACGAUCCUAUGUGGUCACAUGUAUCCAUUCGGAUCCCCGAGGAGUAUGACCUACAUGAAUCGAUUCACCGUGAAAACUUCCUCUGCCAUGCAGUCAUUUGCGAAAUUCUAGAAAUAAAGUCGGAUCAGGAGUAUCCUGGCACUAGUCAGAGAGCUUUACACAUUACCUUUGCCUUACAAUCCUUGGCGAAGAUGGAACAAGAAACGAAAGACGGACUUCCGAGCCCUCUCCAUACAACGCUCUUUACCACCUCCCCUUCCUCCACCAAUGUUCAAGCGAUAUGGCCGCUUGUCAGAAAAGCUAUGAUUCAAAGAGUUAUUGAUAACUCCGGAGGACCUGGCCUCGGCAGGAAAAAAGGUCGAGAAUAUACGAGCUCAGAUGCGGCAGAUCCACUCACUGAGUGGCUGCAUAAUCGCUUCUUAGCCGGUUUCAAUGACGAAGAUAUCGAACCUGUUGAGUCGAAGCCAGAUUCCCAUCUUGCAAGUGGGGUGCCAACACCGGUUAAUCGAGAACAAAUCCCCAUUCAGUACACCUCUCCAUGUGGGAGCGCGGCUGCCGCCGACAUACUUCACCGCGCGCAGCUCGGCUGCGAAUGA